ACGCCGCCGCGCUCGCGGUCGGAAUGGCGUUAUGAUGAUUGUAGGAGACAUGAUUCCCCCGCCCAUUCCCACUCGCAUUCCCACCCCCACCGCCAAGGUCGACGCUCCCAUUCCCACGGUGAUUGAGAUGGCCAUACCCCUGCUGCCCAUGCGCGUGCCCUUGGCUGGCGUGCUGAUGCUGCAGCGGCAAACCGCCGUGGUAGGCGCCGGCCAUCGGCGGUUUGGCAGGGAAUCAUAAGUCUCGAUCGGGAGGCCGCGAUUCGUUAGGGCUCGGCUCCGGGUUUUACCAGGCGUGUGGGUAGGCUCGAUCCGGAGGGAAAGGAGAGGCUUGUCCUUCCUGAUCGCGCGAUCAGCGUGUACGAUUCGGUUGUCCUCGCCCGAAGCCUUGCAGCAAUCGUGAGUGGCGAUCAGCGAUGGUGCAACGGAGGGUUAGUCCGAGACGCCGACCGAUCGCAGCCGGCGUUGGCCGAAGGAGGGUCGGGUUUGAGGAGGCACGAUCACAUGUUUUUGGCCGCUUUGGUGCUG